CCACGCGCCUUCCGCGAAAGGGAAACUGAAAGCGCGAGGCCAGGAGCGCGCAUGAGCCGGAAAGCCCCGCGGCCCUUCUCCCGGCUUGCGAUCAGACAUCUGCCUGGCUACUAGUGACGAAGCCCCCAUCCUUGGUUGUGAUUGGUCCGAAAGAUCCGAGUCUACCCGUUCCCCACCCCUUUCGGGGCAUUUUCGCAGUCCGAGGAACUCGGAGUCAGAGCAAGUCGUGGGGCGCGAUGGCCAAGGCGAAGGAAGUUGCGCUCUGGUGCGUCCUGGUAGCCUUUUGCAUCUAUACGGUGAAAACCGAAAAACGAACACCUUCUGUGCAGGUGUUCACUCGCUAUCCCGUGGAGUUUGGCAAGGAGAACAUCUUGCAGUGCUAUGUUGAUGGAUUCCAUCCUCCCAAAAUCAGCGUCACGCUUCUGAAGAAUGGCAAGAAAAUGGACUGCCAGCAAAGUGAUCUUUCUUUUCACUCAAACUGGGCCUUCUUUCAGCUUUUCCACGCCAAUGUCACUAUCGAUGAGAAGGAUGAGUAUGCCUUCAGGGUGGAACAUGAAACCUUUUCUGAGCCCAAAAUCUUCAAACUCGAAGUGUACUGAGCAGAUGUUCUCAGGAAAAGAAGAUUGGAAGACAUUGAGAUUUCCAGCCAUGCUGUCCUGAACCGUUCUUCCUGUGCUGUCCCCACUUUGAAAUGACUGCUCUGGAAAACCAUUUUUAAGUCUGCGCAAACACCAAAUUAAGUGUGCCGGGUGUCUCCUGAGGCCUGUUGCUGUGCAAAGCUUGAGAUUUCGAGGCGUGUGGAUUUAGAAAGACUGUCACCUAGUUAAGGAAAUGUCAGUCAAUUAGAAGAAGAAGAUCUCAAAUUAGCACAUGAAAGAAACAGUGCCCUAGAGAAAGAAAUCAUUUUCCUGUUUAAAAGAGUAUUGCCCAUAUAUGUUGCAGGAAGUUCCAUUUUAGAAGAGGCAUUCUUUUGUCAUGAGAGAAGAGGCAAUGCCUCUUCUAAGAGAAGGCUUACCAUAUUCAUUCAUUCAUAGACCUUUAUUGGCAUAUCAGUGGUCAUAGAAUAAAUAGCUUGCUAUAUUCUCCCAGUGUUUGUGAAGUCUUGAUUAAAAAUGAUGAUUUAAAAAAGGAACUGCCCAAAGAAUUGGGAGCAUCUCUUCAGUCAAUCACAGGUGUUGGUUAUAACUUAACUGAUGGCAGAAAUUGAGCUUUUCCUCUAUACAUCUAGUGCAAGCACAGAAUUGAGCACUCAGAAAACAACAGCUACUUUGAAUUUAUUGUAACGUAUAGAUUUUGCAAUUCGAAGCACAAUAGUAAUUCAGCCUUGUGUUGCUUUUUUUUAAAGUUUCUUUAUUAAAAUCUUCUGGAUGUUUGUUUUGAUUAUAGUGGUGAAGGGAAAUAUUCUAAGAUGUGUUUGGAUACAAACUACUUUCUUAUCUGGCUUGUAGGAAACAUAACUUUAAAGAUCAUUGCCUUCUUUCAAUAAAGUACACCUACUGAUCUUUAA